AUGGCGGCGCAUCAUCCAUCACCCCCAGCGGGCAUGCAAUUGCAUCACCCUGCUCACAAUGGUCCAGCUCCCUCUGGAAUGGCUCAACAGCAACCAAACUGGCCGGCUCCUGCGCCAACGCCAAUGCAACAGCUAGCUGCCAUGAAUGAGUCUGUGUGGCUUCAAAUUGGAAGUCUAGCAGAGCUCUUAGGCAACAAUGAUGAGGCUCUGGCCGCGUAUGAACAUGUACUUCGCACGAACUCAAGAUCUAUACCAGCGAUGAAUGCCAUAAGUUCUAUCCUUCGCGCACAAGAGAAUUUCGCCAAAGCGGUUGAAUAUCUGCAAAGCAUCCUCAAACUGGAUGGAAAUAAUGGAGAUGUUUGGGGUAGUCUUGGACACUGCUUCUUAAUGAUGGAUGAUCUACAACAAGCGUACUCAGCUUAUCAACAAGCUUUAUAUCAUCUCCGGGAUCCCAAGGAGCCUAAACUUUGGUAUGGUAUCGGAAUACUAUAUGAUAGAUAUGGUUCUCUCGAACACGCCGAGGAGGCGUUUUCGCAAGUUAUGAGAAUGCAGCCAGAUUUCGAAAAGGCCAACGAAAUUUAUUUCCGCUUAGGUAUAAUUUACAAACAACAGCAAAAAUAUCAACAGAGUCUGGAAUGUUUCCGAUACAUUGUCACUGUACCACCAACUCCAUUGACAGAGGAGGAUAUUUGGUUCCAGAUUGGACAUGUUCAUGAGCAACAAAAAGAUUACGAUAAUGCCAAAAUUGCCUACAAGCGUGUUCUCGAUCGGGAUCCAAAACAUGCAAAGGUCCUUCAGCAACUUGGAUGGCUGCAUCACCAACAGAGUACCAGUUUCCAAAGUCAAGAGCAGGCCAUUGAGUACUUGGAACAAUCUGUCGGUUCCGAUCAAAGCGAUGCACAGAGUUGGUAUCUCCUCGGUCGGUGCUACAUGUCACAACAGAAGUACCCCAAGGCAUACGAGGCCUAUCAGCAAGCUGUUUAUCGAGACGGACGGAAUCCAACUUUCUGGUGCUCGAUUGGUGUUUUGUACUACCAAAUUAAUCAGUACCGAGAUGCGCUUGAUGCAUAUUCCCGCGCGAUACGCUUGAACCCGUACAUCUCCGAGGUCUGGUACGACUUGGGUACUCUGUAUGAAUCAUGUAACAACCAGAUCAACGAUGCUUUGGAUGCUUAUCAACGUGCUGCCGAACUUGAUCCCAACAAUGUUCAUAUCAAAGCUCGUCUACAACUUUUACGAAGUGGGCAAGCCAAUGGUAUGCCCGGUCAGGCAGCUGCUCCUCUGCCACAAGAUGUACAUCCUCAAGCUUAUCAAGCCACUGGUGCUGUUGGCCCUCCUGGGCCUCAAUGGGGAAAUCCUGCUCCUCAAGCGCAAGCGCAAGGACCACCUGCAGCUAAUGGAUGGGGAAGUAGACUUGCUGAAAUUAAUCCUCCUUCUCAGCCACCAAACCCUUUUGAUCAACGAGGAGCUGAUCGUGGUCCAAUUCCACCUGCACAGCGUGUACCAAGUCCUAGACAAGAUCAACAAAUGAGACCAUAUCCUGGCACCGAUGCUCGUCAGGCACUUCCCCCUCGUCCUCGUUCCCCUCAGCGAGCUCCGAUCGAGAUGAGAGACCCUAGAGACCCCAGGGAUCCUAGAGAUAUAAGAGAUCCCAGAGAUCCUAGGGACCCUAGGGACCCCAGAGAUCCAAGGGAGCAAAGGGAUCCAAGAGAUCCUAGAGAAUUCAAAACGGAAUUCAAAGAUCCCCGUGUCGACCCUCGUGCCGCGGACCUUCAGCCUCGUGAUCCCAGAGACCAGAGAGAUCCAAGGGACCCAAGAGAUCAAAGAGAUCAGAGAGAACCCCGUGAUCCAAGAGACGCCCGUGACCACCACCCUCUAGGUCCUUACCCAGGCCCUGGAGCGGGAGCAGCAUCGGGAGCACAGCCACCUCCACCUGCUCAUGCACAACAACCACAAGGUCCUCCUUCUCAGCCACAAAGAGUUGCGAACACAAACUACGCUCCUCCACCUUCGGGUCCCCCAUCAGUACUACCACCAGCUCAAAAUGGAAUGAAUGGUGCUGGCCCUGUUCCUUUGCCUGCUUUUGGUCGUAACAGUCCUCGACCAGAAGUUCGGCCUAUAAUGAGUGCAACAAUGCCAUCUCCCAAGACCCCUUAUUCUAAUCAACCACCAUACGCUCACCACACCGAAAUCCCUGAAAGAAGUGGGAUUGAAGGAGGCGCCCCACCCCCACCAUCUGCUUUAGCUGCGGUAGAUGCCCCAUCUUCAGAUCGUGGUGAUAAUAGACCACCAUCCGUAGGCCCAAAGCGAAUGCGUGAAUGGGAAGACGAACCCGCAGUGAAGAAGCCAGCUUCAGAUGAAAAUCGUGCACGACUAGAAGACAUGCACCACCGAAGACCUUCUACACCACCAAGUGACCGGGCACAAUUUCUUAGAAGCACGUCUGAAGUUCGUCGUGUCGAAGAUCAAAGAAGAAUUGAAGAACAACGCCUUGCUGAAGAGCAGCAGAGACAAGCGGAAAACCAAAGGAGAGUUGAAGACCAGCGCCGCGCAGCCGAGGCACGUGCCGCUGAACAGCGUCGUGCAAAUGAGAAUUAUCACCCCUCAGAAGCUGCGCAUCAUCCACCAACUCACGGCAUGCAAAGCCAUCCAGCAAUGCAACAAGAUUCUCGUCCACCACCUCAUACAUACGAAGUUGGACCACCUCCUGCCCUUCCUCGGCAAGCUACCCCAAUCAAAGAGGCCUCAAUAGACGAGCGUGAUCGUCAACAAGUACCGGUACCACAACAACCAUCACUGGCUCAGCGCAUGGAGCAAGCCCCUUCAACUCCCGCACAGCCAGCACCGGCUGUCAGUGAACCUGAACGUGCAGCACGAAAAAUGGAUGUUGAUGAAAACUACGAUGAUGAUGGAGAAGAAGAUAAAAAGGGAGGAAUUGUUUCGGCUCAACCAUCAGGACCUCCAUCCGUCAGUGGUGAUCCAAAAAUCACUAGUCCAACAGGCGUUAAUGGACAUGCUGCAAAUGGAUUACCUAAUGGGCAACCAAAGAUUGAGACAAAUCUUUAA